AUGCCGCACCCAAACACACCCGUCAUCAUAGGCGUCGCCGACAUCAAAAACCGCUCCACACACAUCUCAGCUGCCAAGGAACCCGCCACCUUGAUGCUCGAAGCAAUACAAGCCGCGCUCUCAGAUGCAUCUGCCUCUUCCACCGCACAGCUCCAGGACGCAAUCGACAGUAUCGACGUCGUCAGGACGUGGACGUGGCCCUAUCCAGAUCUACCAGGGUUAUUGGCGACCAGGCUGCAGGUCCAGGAUCAUGUAAGGUGGACGCGGUAUUCGGAGCAUGGCGGCGAUAAGCCGGGGAAGUGUGUCGAUGAGGCAGCGAGGAGGGUGGCAAGGCGCGAGUGUAGUGUUGCUGUUGUUACGGGGGGUGAGGCGUUGGCUUCUUGUGAGUUAUCAUUUUCAUAUUUCUAUUUCUUUCUUCACUUUGACUUCCUUUCUCUAUAUCUGUUUAUCUCUUGGUAUCCCCGUUCAUUUCUUUAUGAAAGAUGGCGAGAAUACGUUUAUGCGCAACGUGCUGACUUUCCAUUCUACACUUUAGUAUCUGCAUGUGCGGCAGCUAAGAAACUGCCUCCGCCCGGCUGGACGCCUCCUGCGUCAGCCGUCGACUCUGUGUUUUCGCCUACGGGGCGCGAUCUGGGAAAGAAUCUCGGGGCUAUCCAUGGAAUCGGGGCCCCGAUACACGUGUAUCCUUUGUAUGAGAAUGGGUUCCGCGCGCAUCGCGGCCAGACGCCCAAGGCGAACCAUGAAGAGAGCGCGAGGCUGUAUGCUGAGUUUGCGCGUGUCGCGGAGAAGAACGAGGUUGCGUGGAAUUACGGCAAGACGACGAGUGAAGAGGAAAUUGCAACGGUUGGGGGGAAGAAUAGAAUGAUUUGUUCUCCUUUGUCACUUACACCUCCUACAGACCCCCUCCUCAUGAACGCCUUCAACACAGUCAACCUCGCCGCCGCCAUGCUCAUCACAUCCACCUCCCACGCCGAGCGCCUGGGCGUACCGCGCUCCAAAUGGAUCUACCCACUAGGCGGAGCUGGCACUGCCGACGCCGACGAAUUCUGGAAACGCCCCGAUUUCCACUCGUCCCCGGCCAUCUCGCGCUCCAUCGACGCCAGCCUGCACGCGUCCGGCACGAAAAAAGAGGAACUCGACAUCUUGGACAUUUACUCUUGCUUCCCCAUUGUACCUAAGCUCGCUGCCCACCACCUCGGACUGCCGCUGACGGGCGCCGAAAAACCACUCACGGUUCUCGGCGGCUUGACCUCGUUUGGCGGCGCGGGCAACAAUUACUCGAUGCAUGCGCUUACCCAAGUCACGCGGCGGCUGCGAGACAGCAGGGGCAAAAAGAAGGCAAUGGUGCUGUGUAAUGGCGGCGUGCUGAGUUACCAGCACGUAGUUAUUCUGGGGAACGAGCCCAGACCAGACGACGAGGCCGUGUAUCCUGACGAGAACCCGCUUCCAGCAAAGAUUACUGAUGUAGCGGUGCCGCGGGUUGCGGUUGAGCCGCAGGGCGAGGCUAUCGUCGAGACGUACACGGUUGAGUUUAAGCGCGAUGGCACUCCGCUGAGGGGGUAUGUUGUGGGGAGAUUGAAGAGUACUGACGAGCGCUUCUUGGCCAACCAUGGCGAUGAGGAUACGCUCAGGCACAUGGCAAGUGGUGUGGUGGAGGUUGUGGGGAAGAGCGGGUGGGUGUGGCCGGACGCGGAGACAAAGGGGCGAUCAUUAUUUGCGUUUGAUAAGCCUGCGAGGCUGUAA